AUGGAUAGCAACAAAGAACCAACAGAAAAAGAGGAAGCUAGCAGCAAGGACAUGACAAGCAAAGAUAUCUCAGAAAAGCUCAAAGAAAAAGAUAACCAACCACAAAAUUUGAAGAAAGGGAAGCAGAUCAUGGAAAAGCCAGCUCCCAGACAGCAGCAAGUGGAGAAGAGCAUUACACCUCAACUGCCAUAUCCCCAAAGAUUCCACAAAGAAGCAAAGGAUCAACACUUUCAUAAGUUCCUUGAGACUUUCAAGAAGCUAGAGAUAAACAUUGCCUUGGCUGAGCUUAUCAACAAGAAGAAAAGUUGGCUGGAGAAGGAGACCGUGCUACUCACUGAAGAAUGUAUUGCUGUGCUUCAAAAAGGAAUCCCACCAAAGCUUAAAGAUCCAGGGAGCUUUGUAGUUUCAUGCACCAUAGGCAAGAUGACAUUAGAUAAAGCUCUUUGUGAUCUUGGAGCUAGCAUCAACUUAAUGCCCCUAUCCAUGAUGAGGAAGCUUGCUAUAGAAGAACUCAAACCCACCAGGAUGUCACUAGUCAUGGCUGAUAGAUCAAUCAAGACACCUAAUAGAAUUGUGGAAAAUCUGUUAGUGAAGGUUGGAGAGUUUAUCUUCCCUGCGGACUUUGUAAUGUUGGACACUGAAGAGGAAGGAAAUUAUUCAAUCAUCUUGGGAAGACCAUUUCUAGCAACUGCAAGAGCUAUUAUCGAUGUGGAAAAGGGAGAGAUGAUCUUCAGAGUAAACAAUGAGCAAAUGGUCAUAAAUGUUUUCAAGUCAAUGCGACACCCUCCUGAGCAAGAGGAUUACUUGAGAGUGGACAUGAUAGAGAGCCUGGUAGAAGAAAUGUUAGAUACUAAUAAUCAUGAGCACUUAGAGUGA